UACUACAACCGCUAAUGCCAACAUGGGGUAUAAUAUAGCAAUGGUCAGCGAUUUCUUCUAUCCUCAGCCAGGAGGAGUAGAGUUCCAUGUAUACCAUCUAUCGCAAAAGCUAAUUGACAUGGGUCACUCUGUAAUAAUAAUCACGCAUCACUAUGGCAAUCGUACCGGGAUACGAACACUCACGAACGGAUUAAAAGUUUAUUACAUUCCUUUCUUUGUUCUAUACCGAAGCUCCACUUUUCCUACAGUGUUCUCGUUAUUCCCUAUACUAAGGAACAUAUUCAUUCGAGAAGAAAUUGAUAUCGUGCAUGGUCACGGAACAUUCAGCAGUAUAGGCCACGAAGCGAUCUUCCACGCCCGCACAAUGGGGAUGCGUACCGUAUUCACCGAUCAUUCACUAUUUGGGUUUGCCGAUGUGGGUUCUAUUCUCGGGAAUAAAGUGUUGAAGUUCACGCUUAGUGACGUAGGGCAUGUCAUUUGUGUGUCGCAUACGUGUAAAGAGAACACGGUAUUACGAGCCUCGCUUGAUCCUUUGAGCGUGAGUGUUAUCCCCAAUGCUGUUAUAUCGAAGGAUUUCCUGCCUGAUUUGAACAAGAAACAAGGAGAGGAUAUUACGAUUGUGGUUAUUACAAGACUAUUUCCUAAUAAAGGUGCCGAUUUACUUACGGCGAUCAUCCCACGAAUAUGCAUGGCCAAACCCAAUGUGAAGUUCCUAAUUGCUGGUGAUGGCCCCAAAUUUCUUGACCUUGAACAAAUGAGAGAGGAGUAUUUCCUCCAAGAACGGGUCAAGCUCAUUGGUGCAGUCAAACACGAGCAAGUUCGAGAUGUAAUGGUUCAGGGAGACAUUUACUUGCACCCGUCACUCACGGAGGCAUUUGGGACAGUCAUUGUCGAAGCGGCAUCAUGCGGUUUGUUCGUGGUUACUACAAAAGUAGGAGGAAUCCCCGAGGUCCUCCCCAAGGAAAUCUUUCGAUUUGCGGAACCAGAAGAAGAUUCAUUAGUAGAUGCUACAUUAAACGCUAUAGACUUAAUCCAAUCGGGUGAAAUAGACACAUCCACGUUCCAUUCUGUAGUGUCCAAAAUGUAUUCGUGGUCAGACAUUGCCAAGCGCACGGAAAACGUGUAUAAUCUGUUGGAUCUAAAUGUAUUGAAUCAACCGUUAAUUGAACGAUUACAAAAGUAUUAUUGUUGUGGGGUAAUUGCUGGAAAGUUGUAUGUUCUUUGCGUGAUUGUCGAUAUCUUUAUUUAUGCCGUGCUCGAAUGGUUCUAUCCUCGCGAACAUAUAGAUCGGGCGAAUAAAUGGCCCAAACAUCGAAGGAAUUCACUAGAGUAGGUUAUUUCGGCGGGAUUUGUAAUGAGUAUACCUUUCUUCAAUUAACAAAUUAGCAUAUUUGGGUAAAUUCUUUUUAGGACGCCAUGUAGAAGUGGUGGCAAUGUGAACUGCUUUGACAUCCAAUGCAAUUGACCGCAAAUCUCGCGAUAAUUCCAUCAACGGAGUUGUUUCAUUCCACCUAGUUCUUGAUGUCUUUUUUAACCAACUGUAGUCCUGCUUGGGCGUAGCCAUUCUCAUCUUAUUGAUUUGUUUCAAUUGAGAUAUUUGUUCCAUAAAGGAAAUAUUCUCAUUAUAUUGAUGUUGGGAUUUCAAGUCAUUGAAUACAAGAUCGUAUUCCUGGGUAUUCUUUUCAACAAGAGUUAACUGAGUUUUUAAAUCUUCUUUCUCUAAUUCAAGUGAUUUAAUCGUUUCCAAGUAUGAUUGUAUUUGUUGUUCUUGUUUAAUAAGUUUCGCUUGUAAAUUCUCCAAGUUAAGAGUGUUUUGACUAGUCAACGAUUUCAUAUUUUGUUCCAACAUGGUGAUAUUCAAUUUGAGGUCUGAUAUUUCUUGAUCUUUUUGGAGAAUCUUGGAAUUGAGUUCAGAAACUAGCGAAUCUGGAACUUCCGAUUUUUCUGCAAUUUGUUCUGGUUCUGGUUUGAUGUCAUAUAUUGAUACAGGAUCAAUUGAAUGACCGUAUGCG